GGUGAUAGGUCCUAAACUCUUUAGUGAAGAUGGAGUCCGUUUACAAAGAUUGGAAGCAAUCCCCACUUUCUUUGGGCUCUGAAACCUUUUAGCCUCCUUUUGUAGCUCACUUUUUACCCACAGGCAAAUCUCAUAGAGUAGUGCUUGCAUUUGUAAACCCUCCCAGGGGCAUAUAUACAUGGGGUGUGAGUGGUCUAGGUGACCUUAACUGCAGCACCAGUCGGGAGGGACCAGGCUGGGUCUUCCUGGCCAACUGUGUCCCUGGCUCCCCCGCACCCAGUUCCAGGACACAGUGCCUGUCUCUUCCUGACAGGACUUGCUUUAUGCUUUUAUUCUACAAUCAGGAAAGAGAGGAGGUGAUCAAUUGGAGCUCUCCAACCUGUUGAGGGAUUGGGGGUUCUUGAAGGCCCCCCAGGGCAUGGCUCUGACAAAGCAUCUGCAAUUAAUGAUGCUUCUUGAGCUCUGGAGACAGGAUUUAUGCAUCUAAUAAAGUCUGUAACUCCAGGCUUAGGGGCUGGGGCCGGAGGCUGAGAGCAGGAAGUCCCGGGGGGGCCAUGGGAGGGGGUCCCAGGGGCUCUUAAUGGAGUCAUGUAUUUCCAUUGCCUGUUCUAGAUUCUCCCGCAGGCUGUUGUGGGGGUGGGGGACAGGGGGGCAGCAGGUAUAAGAGGCAGACGUGGCCUUAGGAAGGCAGAUGACAGCAUGGAUUCCAGGCAGGCGACAGUGCUGCUGCUGGUGCUGCUGUUAGUCACAGACUGGGGCCUCGCUGAAGGACCAGGGGACUGGGAUGGAGCUCAGCUCGUCAUGGAGGAAGAUACCGGACCCCGCCCCUCGCAGGAUGCUCAGACCCCUGGGUCACUCUUGCGCUCCCUGCUCCAGGCCAUGAAGAGACCUGACCGGAGCCCAGCCUUCCUGUUUCAGCCCCAGAGGUUUGGCAGAAACACCGGGGGUUCCUGGAACAACAAACGGCUGAGUCCCCGAGCUGGGGAGGGCCUGAGCUCCCCGUUCUGGAGCCUGGCUGCUCCUCAGCGCUUUGGGAAGAAAUGACAUGUCACCCCUUAAUGUGUCUGCAUGUAAGGUCCAUACCCAAGUGUCAUGUGUCUUCCCAAAUAAAGCUGCCU